AUGGACCUCCUUCACUACCUCCACAUCAUCACGCCCGCCCUCCUCACUCUCCCCUUCCUCACCCUCCUCCCCUCGCCUCCCGAAGACCUCCCCGAACUCCCGGGUAUUCGCCCUAUAACAAUCCGUACAGUCACCCCACGCCGAAGCUAUACUCUCCUCUGCCUCUCCCUCCUCGCGCUCACCUCGGCUCUGGAUGCGGUCCUGCUCAUAGCUGGUAUAGCUACCUCGGCAGACUGGGGCGAGGCGCCGCGGGGCUGGCCAUUGGUCGCGGAGGUGGGCUAUGCGUUUGGUGGUCUGUGCGUAUGGGCACUGACGGCGAUUGUCAUUGAAUGGAGGGGGCGAUGGGGCGAUCAGGGGCUUUUGGUUCUGGGAUCACUGGGUAUGGUGUGUGAGAUACCGAACCUGGUACUGCUUGUGCUGAGGAAGAUACACUCUGGCGAUGAACAUGGCCUCUUCAACAGCCUCGCCAUCCCUUCAUCGGCGCUGCGGCUCGUCCUCCUACCCAUCCUCCUCGUCCUCGUCUCCAACCCCAUCGUCCGCUUCGAGCCUGCCAGCGAGAGCACUGGGCUCCUCGCCAACUCUGACGCCGAGUCGUCCAACCGCCAAAGCCCAGCCGCAUACGGUACAUUCGGCGGUGGCGAGGCCGGCUCCAGCAAGCCAGACUCUACCCGCACAUCUACCCCUGCUCCUGGCGCAGGUGCUGCCACUCCCGCUCCAGGCCAGCAACCCCCUGUCAUCCCCAAGAAGCUCGGCGAGGUCAAGAAGGAGGACAAGCCCUUGACAUGGCGCGAGAUCGGCUCCCGCCUGCGCAAGCUCUCCCCACAUCUCUGGCCAUCGACGAGCAAGAAGCUACAAUUCUACGUCGUGCUCUGCAUGUUCUUCAUCCUCGCCAUUCGGGUCGCCAAUCCCCUCGUCCCUCUCGCGCUCGGCGGUGUCGUCCAGAGUUUGACGGAUGCACAGGCCGGCAAGCCUACGCAGCCGUCCCCUUGGGUCUACUUUAGCUCGUAUAUCGGUCUUCGGUACCUCGUCGGAAGCAACGGCGUGCUUACGUUCGCCAACAAUGUACUGUGGGUCGGCGUCUCACAGUACACCGACCGACAGAUGCAGCUGCUGUGCUUCAACCACCUGCUCAAUCUGUCGCUCGCGUACCACACCAAACGCAACACCGGCGAGGUUCUCAAAAUCAUCGACCGGGGUUCGGCUAUCAACAACCUCUUCCAGACCGUCCUCUUUACCGCUAUCCCCACCGUCAUAGACAUAGCGAUAGCAUUCGGCGUGUUCUUCUAUCUCUACGGCGGUCUCCUGGCGUGCGUCAUCCUCGGGAUCAUGCUCGUUUACAUCGUCUUCUCCGUCACACACACCAAUUGGCGGAUGAAGGAACGGCGGAUCAUGAUUGACAGGGACAUCAAACAGCGCGGGAUCGUCUCGGACGUGCUCACCAACUGGGAGUCUGUCAAGUACUUUACGGCGGAAGAUCGCGAAACGCAGCGGUUCACGGACGCCAUCCUAUCGUACCAGGAAACGGAGAAGAAGGUCUCAAUCGGCUUCAAUCUCCUCGCGCUCGUCCAGUACUUCCUCCUCAGUCUGGGCUUGACGGUCGGGGCGCUCAUCAUCGCCUUUCGGAUCCUGGACGGUUCGGCGACGCCUGCAUCAUUCGUCGUCUUCAUCCAGUACUAUGUCCAAAUGCAGGGACCUCUGGACCGGUUCGGCUGGCUCUACCGGAUCCUCAACCAGGAAACGACCGACGCUGAAAAGAUGUUCAACCUCCUCUCGCAAAAGACGGAGGUGAAUGACAAGCCGGGCGCCAAGGAGUUGGUCGUCACGGACGGUAUCAUCGAAUUUGACAAUGUCAGGUUCUCGUAUGAUGACAAGGUGGAGGCGCUCAAGGGGGUGAGCUUUAGGAUCGGCAAGGGCGAGUCGAUGGCGCUCGUGGGAGAAUCGGGGAGUGGGAAGUCUACCAUCCUGCGCCUGCUGUAUCGGUUUUACGACAUCACGUCGGGAAGUAUCCGGAUCGACGGGCAGGAUAUCGCCAAUGUCACACAGUUGUCGUUGCGCCGCGCAAUCGGGAUCGUCCCCCAGGAUAGCGUGCUCUGGAACGAUACGAUCGGCGCCAACAUAUCGUACGGAAAGGAAGGAUCGAGCGAUGAGGAUAUCAUCAUCGCGGCCAAGGCGGCCAAGUUGCAUGAUAGGAUCAUGGGGUUCCCGGACCAGUAUGCGACGGUAGUGGGAGAGAGGGGGGUGAGGCUGUCGGGCGGCGAGAAGCAGCGGUGUAGUCUGGCAAGGAUGUUCUUGAAGAGCCCGGCUAUACUCGUACUGGACGAAGCGACCAGCGCGCUCGAUACCGAGACUGAACGCGAAAUCCAGCGAGCUCUUGCGGAUCUCGCUAAAGGCCGGUCCAGCCUCUCUAUCGCGCAUCGCCUAUCGACCAUCAUCAACUCGGACCAGAUCGUGGUGAUGAAGGAUGGGCAGGUGGUUGAGCAAGGGGGCUACAAGGAGCUUAUCGAUCACGAUGGAGCGUUCGCGACCAUGUGGAAGAAGCAGAUCUUUACCGAGGCGGAGAUGGUGGCACAGCUAGAAGGGGCGGAGGGGGAGGCUAAAGUGGAGGAUCUGAUCAAUCUAGUCGAGGAGAAGGCGGAGGGGAAGACGGGAGAGGGAGAUAAGGUGCCGUCCAGGCGGUCGUCGAAGGGCAAGAUGAGGGCGAUGGAAGAGGAGGAUGCCGUGGAAGCCCCGGCUGGAGAGGAGCUUGCGGAAGGGUUUGGAAUAGGGGACCACGACGAGGUGACGCAUCCCGCUCCCGCGUUCCACACGAACGAAACGGCCGUCCAGGACCCCUUCAGUGAUUCUCAGAUCGAAUCUGCGCCUGAACCUACUACCGGCAAGGACAUCGUCGAGAACGCCGAAUGGUCUUCCGCAUCCAUCGUACCCGGACCCACUACACUUCCACCAGCAACCAUCCCUUCUCCGCAACUCGUCGAGUCUCCACCUGUAGAAUCGAUCGCGGCACCCUCAUCUUCCACCCCUACGCCCGAACGCCCCUCUCCCUCCCGCUCCGCCUCGUCCUCCGGCGCUAUGGGCGGUAAAGUCCCCUUCCCGCAGAUGCCCCGCUUGACCAGCUCUACCUCCCAGCGCUCGGAUCUCUCCGCCAGUGCCGCCGACUCCCCUUCCGCAUCCAACAACCCAUCAUCGACCGACCUGCCCGAACUCGCCAAAGCCGCCGGCGCGCCCGAUGCCAAGGAGGAUAAACGCCGGAAGCGCCUAAGCAGCCUCAAAGGGUUCGUCAGGCGGAUAUCGGACCAAGGUGUCUCGCGCUCAAAUAGUAUGAACAAGAUUGGCAGCCCGGCGGAAGAGGUGGAUGAGGCGACGGCGUUGAUUGCGAAGAAUACGAGCGGUACGCCGGCGGGAACCCCGGUCGGGGAGGAGAAGAGGAAGAAGAGGUUGAGUCUGAAGAGGGGCAAGUCGGAUAAGUGA